GCCGUCUCCCGGUGUUCCUGGAAAUGUCAGGCGCAAAUGACAGGGUCACUGAGAAGAACUUCCUUGAGGAGCAAUUCGAUGAGGAAAAUGUGAUUUUAACACUGGUCCCAGUUACAGAGGAACAAGAAUAUCCAAUAGAAACAAGUGUUUCUUCAACUGCAGAAAUCAAACAGGAAGGUAUCAAACCUUAAAAUCCCAGGAAAAACAAUAAGAGUAUGAGAACAGAGACUGCUCCUGAAACAAAACCUAAUUGUAAAAUACAACCCCUUCCCUUGCCGACCAUUUUGCCUCCAAUUAAUAAGGUUUCUCGGGAUACUUUGCGAAACUGGUGCCAACAAUUUAAUUUGAGUACUGAUGGCCAGAAAAUAGAGGUUUAUUUGAGGCUACAGAAGCAUGCAUAUCCCGGACAAAUAUAUGAUAUUCCUGAAACACCUCGGGAGGCCAGAUUGAAGCCAGUUUCCAGGAAAUGGAAGGCAGUGGCCAAUGCAGCAGGGCUUCAGGAAAGUCAUAAUAAGGUUAAAAGAGAGGAAGAGACUAACAUGAUUGAAGUGGUAAAUUCAGCUCAGGAGUCCAUAUUGGCAUCUUGGGCAAGGAUCGCUGCCAGAGCCAAUCAGCGCAAGGCUGUGAAUUCGUGUCCCAUCCCUACUUCUGUGGAGGCCUUUUUGCUGCAAACCUCUGGUGUCAGGUGGUGUGUGGUCCAUGACCAGUUUCUUUCUGCAGAAACAGCAGGCUGGGUUCGACUGCAGUUCCAUGCAGGUCAGACUUGGGUCCCUGACACUCCCAAGAGGAUGAUUUCCCUUUUCCUGUUACCUGCCUGUAUGUUUCCACCCUCGGGACUAGAAGAUAAUAUGUUAUGCCCUGAAUGUGUAAAAAGGAAUAAGAAGAUGAUGAAAGGAUUAAUUAUAACAAGAGAGAAAAAGCAAUGCACUGUAGGGAGACCAAAAGGUGCCACCUUAAGCAAUGUUGAAAUACUAUUUUGA